CUUAUUAUAAACUAGUGGCCCUGUCUAUUUUUUCCUUAUGAAUGCAUAUGAACUGUAUUUAUGAAUGAAGAGACAUUUACAUUUUGUGAUUUGCUAAAUAAAUGGAGUAGUUGGUGUUUCUUGUUUUCGGUCUCUUUUAACAUAUGCAUUUUCUCAUUAAAUGUAAUAGUGUGACUUGUGUGUAAGGUAUCGUUUGCGGAAGUACCCUCAUAUUUUGCUGAUUUGGAAAGCGCGCGUUUCUUCUUCGUUUUACAUUCAGUUCCGAACCCAGACAUGGCGAUGGCGUGCACUCAUACUUCACAAUCUGCUUUGAUUCUUCGCCUGAUUUUCCUUUGGACUUCUGCAGUUCUUGUAUUCGCCAAUCAACGCUCCUUAUUUAUUAUUCAAAAUACUACACUGCAGCUAUCCUCGGGCUUGCCUGUGGUAAACUCUCCUGGUUCUAAGCCUGGUGCUACGGUGUUUGUUGAAAGAGUUCAUAUACAUGGAUUGUCAAGGUUUAGAAACUUGGGGAAAUUUGCUCAUUCUGUGAAAGUGAAGGUGUUACCUACAGAUUCAAAUGUUCGUCUGCCAAAUAUAGAGGUUUGCUUUCAUAGGAAUGCAUCUCUUGCUACGGGGAUGUGCCCACAAGGCCAGUGGGAGAAAGUUGCCAAGGGAUCUUGGGUUCAGCCAAUGUCUCCUUUUGACCAUAAGCUCUUAGACAUAAGGACCGCUGGUUCAACACUGGAGAAUUUUGAGGUGUCCGCGGAAGAAGAAUUUUUUCUGUAUCGCAUUAUAUUGUUAAUAUUGGGUAUUAUUCUGAUGAGCUCGGCAUCCUUUUUAAGCCAAUCGUUAGCAUUUUAUUAUAGCAGUGCAAUGGCAAUCGGAAUAAUUCUUGUGAUAUUGAUCAUUCUUUAUCAGGGAAUGAAACUUCUUCCAACUGGUCGGAAGAGUUCCCUCGCUAUAUUUUUAUAUUCAUCUGCUAUUGGUUUCGGGACUUUUCUCCUCCGUUACAUUCCCGGUUUAGUUCGUUCCAUACUUACGGAGCUAGGAAUUGAUGAAGACAUGUAUAAUCCUUUGGCUAUAUUUUUGCUCACUUUUGUCGCAAUAGCUGGAGCCUGGUUAGGAUUCUGGGUGGUCCAAAAGCUUGUCCUGACUGAAGAGGGAUCUGUGGACAUAAGCACUGCUCAAUUUGUUGCAUGGUCCAUAAGGAUUUUGGCUGCUAUUAUGAUUCUUCAGAGUUCUAUGGAUCCUCUGUUGGGAACAUCAGCAUUAUUAUGUGGAUCGGUCGUCCCCUCCUUGAAAAGGAUACUUAGAUUGAGAUUCUUUCGUCGCUUGCGCAGGCGUUUGGUUAAAUCACCCAAGAAAAACAGGAGGAGUUUCCAGGUUUCUAAUCCAUCACCUUUUGAUGAUGAAGAUGAUGAGCAUAUGUACAAUAUAGAGGACUCUACAUUUAUUCGGCCACAACUGAAAAGCUCCCCUAUGACCCCUUGCAAAACUUCAAAACAAGGCUUCAAUAGGUCGCUUCCUAAAACGCUGACAGAGGAGUUAUAUCCAUCCAUCAUACACACUACACCUGAGAGAAGAAAAUAUUCAGCAGCAGAAUGGGAUGCGUUCACGAAGAAGUCCACUGAAAAAGCCUUGGAAGAGCUUGUUGCAUCUCCUGAUUUCGGUAAAUGGCUGUCCACCAAUGCAGAUAGGAUUAGUGUAACGCCCAACUCUGAAACUGAUAGACGGCACAGGUGGUUGUGGUCUUGAGUGACUUUUCUUUUUCACGAAAUGAAUGAUAGCUUCGUCAAUGUAGUUUAGAGAAACAAAGAGGGUUUCGUGUCUCUGUCUAACAGUUGGUUCUCCUACACAGAAAGUAAAACCGGAAGGGCAAUGUUGUAGAUUGGAUAAGCUUUAAUUGUGUAAAUUUUUCGUUAGAGAUUUUACAUUUCAUGUUAAAGCCAUUAGAGUAAUUACACGGCACACUGGCUUCUUAACACGCGAGAUUUCCCACUAAAGAGACUUC